AUGAUCAUCGGCGAUCUGAAUGUUUAUUUUAAAGACUCUUCAAAAAAUUACACCAUAUCAUUUUUCAAUUUAAUAUCGUCGUUUGGAUUUGAACAUUUGCCAACUUCAACACACAACAAAGGAGGUCUUCUGGAUGUCAUAAUUUCAAACCCGAGUGUCGGAUUUUAUGACGUUCGGGUUCAUCCACCUCUCAUCUCGGAUCAUGGAUUGGUUACUUGUUCACUUAACGUAAAGAUUAAUUACAAAAAACUCAACAAUGACCUUAUUGCAAAUAAUCUAUGUGAUUCAGAUGUGUAUUUGAGGUACGGUGUGGUUGGCCUGUUCAACCUCUGUGACUCAACUCUCUGCGGACUCUUUGAUCAACAUGCCCCUCUAAGUGUCGAAAAGACUACCAACGAAAAAGAAUCUCUGGUUCAAUUCCGAAUGUCUGGCGAAAAAACGUGA